GUAGAAGAACCCGUUAUCCACGUCAAGACCGAGGAAUCGCUCAAUGCCACUGAACCGCCCGCCGAUGAGACCAUCACUGUUGUCGGCGAAGAGUUUUCUUCAACAGAUGGAUACGCCAUAUCGAUCAUCAAAACAACAACGAAAAAGAUAUCAACUUUAACUACGCGUACUAAAAUAAUUAGAAUCAUCGAUGGAAAGGAGGAAAUUGUUGAGGAAGCAGAAACCACACAGAAAACGCCAAAUGAAUCGGUAGAGCAAACUAUUAGCAUCGUUGAAGGUAAAUCGGUACCGCUACCGCUGCCACAUGAGAUGCAUGAGCCAGUUGCGGAAGUCAUCAGCGUAUCCGAGGACGAACCCAAAACAGAGACCUACUCUAGAACCACUACUGAUGGUAAUAUAACCAAGACAACUACUGUAAUAAGGCGCAAAAUUGUUACGAAAAUCAUCGACGGUAAGGAAGUGCUAAUCGAAGAAGGUGAGGAUGUAAGUCCGGUUGAAAAGAUAGUCAAUGUAGUGGAAAGAGAACCGGCGUUCAAGCUGGAAACCAUGACGCUAACGCCUACUAGUGAAGAGGCUAAAGUGCCUAUUGGUACGAAUGAGCCAGCGCAAGAGCCAGUUGUCGAGUCAGUUGAUGCAGUUGUAGAAAAGAAUGUAACAACUCAUAUCACAGAUUUUCCCAAUGCUGAGAAACUGACUGCUGAACAAUCGCAAAAAACGUCAAAGAAAGAUAAGAAGGAGAAAAAGAAAAGUAAACCAGAAAAGGAGACUAAAGCAGCAACAGUAGCGCCGGUCACAGCAGUUACUGAGGAAGUAGUAGUUCCAGCAGAAUCACAGAGCGGAACUCAUAUUUUGGCUGAAGAUAAGCCUUCUGCGGUUAUCGCUACAACGGAACUAACACCGCGGCAAACUGAAACAACAGUAACCGUGACGGAGGAAACAAACAUCCCUAAACCGUUCAGCAAUGUCACAGUAGUACCCUUAAGAAAGUCACCGAAGCAAGUUGCCUUCGCAUUAGAUAUUGAUGAAAGAGAACCACUUGUUGAGUUCGCUGCGCCAACUCCCACUGAGCGCAUAGACGAUGUAAAAAGAUUGACAAAUGACUUUUUAAGCGGCGAGAAGCAAACGCAACUGUCACCGAGACUGCAAGUAACCGACUUAGACGCCGAUGCUAAAUCGAUUAACGCGAUUGUGCAGAAAGUCGCCGAAAUAACAAUUACAGAGCAACAGCCUGUAUUAGAAACCACAGAGCCCCUGAAUGAAAUAAGUGCAAUACCAAAUAGAACAGAAGAACAACCGGCAGAGGGCGCAAGCGGGGUGGUGAAAACCACCACUGUACGCAAGACGAAAUUCGUCAAGAAGAUAAUGCAGAAGAAACCAGCGUCACCAGAGUCACCGGAGCCACAGCCAACGGCGUCAGAAACAGCAGAAGACAUUGACGUGGCAGAGGAAGCGAAGGAAGAAUCGAAAAUUGAGAAAUCAGAAUCAGUUGUGCGCGAAGUCGAUGACAGUGGUGUGAUAAAGACCACCAGAGUACGUACAAUGAGCAUCAAGUCACAGAAUGUUAACGAAGCUACGGAAAUCGGUGAAGCUACGCAAGUAGUGGAAGAAAAAGAGUAUCCACCAGCACGCGUGGAGGAGGAGCAGAGCGCCAUUGUAGAUACACCUGAUGCAUACGAAAUCAGAAAUGUAUUGCCCACAACUGAAAAAUACGCCACAGAUCAAACAAUUGCCGGCGAUGUGGUUAAAACCAUACGCGUACGCAAGACAAAAACAGUUAAAAGAAUAACACAAAACGUUGAAGAAAGCAGCAGCGAAAAGAGUACGACGACGGCGAGCGAGAAUACUGCAGACGAGACAGCUGUCGUUGAGCCCACCGACGAGCAUGAAAAAGAGAACGGUGGUGUAGUAAAAACUGUGACUGUGCGUACGACAAGCUUUAUUAGACGCAUACCAUACGAUUCUGUUUCCGCCAACGUCAGCGAUGAAGCAGCGCAUACGAAAACGAGCGAAGAACAGCUACGAAACUCGCCAAUUGUUAUUGAAGAGCCUAGCGAAAGCUCAACCACUACAACGCAAACUGAUGGCGCUAUUAUAAAAACCACAACCAUACGUACAAUGCGAUUGAAUAAGACAAUUGCUUCAGAUGGCCGUAUAUUUUUGAAAGAGGUAGAUAAUCCAGAUGACGUCAUAGUAACAUCCUCAGUUGAAAUGCCCGAACAGGCUACAAUGCCGGUUGUGAAAACCAUUGACGUCAGCUCAUUGUCUGAACCUUUGCCAACAGCAUAUGCACCAACUGAAAGCAGUGACAAUGUUUAUGUACCAAGUGGUAUUGAUGAGGUUCAAAUUGUUGAUUCAGCCAAUAGCGAGCAAGUAGAAUCAAAGAAGAGUACUGUCAUUGAAGUUGUUGAUAUUGACACUAAAGUGUUACCAAAUGUUGAGGAACAGAAAGCGCACCAAACACAACAGAAAAGUAGUACGGAGACCACAAGAACCACCUCAGACCUUAUAGUUACCAAUAAGACGCUAACCACACAAUCUAACGAACAAACAACAAAAUCUACCACUACCGUUACCAAACGUACUCGACUAACCACACUACAAAGAGCUAGUUUUGAAACACAAGACGGUGAACCGCUAACGCUGGUUGACGAAAGUUAUAACGGUCUUCCCAAAUCGGGUGAAGUGCGAAAGAUUGCACUCAUAACGCAUGAAGAGACAUACAAAACCCCUAAAAUGAAAAUGCAUUUCAAUUUCCCACCAGUUACCCUACAAGUUACAGAAACAUUGACAACACAGUUGGAGAAUACAGCUCAGUCAAGCGCGGGCACAAAGGUUGUAGAGGAAGAGGUUAAGCUUGAGACAGGCACAGAAUCAAUUAUACACAAGAUAAUAGAAGAGCAGGUGACAGCGGAGGAGGUAUUAGACGAGCGCAGUAACGUGAAAGUAGAGGAAGGUGAACAGGUUUCCAGUGUGACGGUUAGUAGUGAAACCCCUCAACUGGAGGAUGUGCUGCCUACCACGGAAGCGGUGACUAGGUUAGCAGAGCCUAUUGUAAUAGAAAAAGUAGUAGAAAAGAAAGAUGAAAUUAUAGAUCAGUUAACCACAGAGAGUGUAGUAGAGAAACGCAUUACAGAAAGCAGCGAGUACAACGAGAACACUUCAUUAGCUACUAUCGUAGAAGGUGUUUCCUUAGUUACAGUGAAUAAUAUUGCCAUACCCGACAGAGCGCCCACAGCAAGCGAUACGCAAAAGGAUGAAAAGUUAGCAGAGCUCACUGUACAACAAACACAGGCUGUAGACACACCAGACUUUGUAGCAGAAAUGACAGCUGAAGAGCAAGAAUUAUUUGAGGACAUUAAGAAGAAACUCGCUAAGAAAGAUAAGAAAAAGCGACCAGCGCUACCAGAAGACUUUUUCAAACAGCAAGAGUUAGAUAGAACGGUAGAACUGCUAGCUGAAGAACGUUUAGCAAGCAAGACUAGUGAAGUAGGCGAGCAACCGGAGGCACCACAAGUAGGUAGGACUGCCGUUGAAGAAGCGCGCGUGGAACGCAUUGAAACUGAGUUUAAACAAAAUAUUUUCCUUGACUUGGUUGAGGAUAAAUCGCUUAAGAUUAGGGAAGUUAGUAAGAGUGAGGAAGCGUAUCACGAGCUAGUUGAGCGUGAGGUACCCGCACACGACGACACACCACUCGAGCCUAAGGCAGAAACUAAGGUUGAAGAAGAAGAAGUGCAAGUAGUACACACCAAAUUACCUGCAACCGCAGAACCCACUAACAAUGCUAUUGCUAAUGAAAUACCUGCUGCAAAACCUAGCGCAAGCGUGCUAAUCGAAGAAACUAGCGCCCAUACUUACAAACCUAGUGAACCCCAAAUAGUAGAAUUAUCACAGAAAGACGAAGCUAAGCCAGUUGUCGACGCACCUACUAAGGUCAUUAGUGUAGUUUCGAGUGAUAUUCCUUUGUAUUACGAUGUACCAAAAUAUGAUGUUUCUACGCUAGCACAAGCUGAGGUGAGAUACCAAACACUGCAAGAAAACGUUAAAUCACCGGAAGAUGAGGAGCCCGCUGUAAGGCACGUAAGUGAUAUAGACGAAGAAAAUUUAAUUGAAAAGGUUGCAAAGACUCAGUUAGGGGUUAAAGAAGAUGAGUUAGUUUCGAAAACCGCCGCCACCACCGUGACUACUAAGGUCACAACCUCGUCAACAAGUGAAGAAAUCGCAGACAUGCAAGCUUCGCAAGUCAAGCACGUCGAACCGAAACUCGAAUUGGCUACCGCAGUUGCGGAAGUCAAGCCAGCAGAAAUAAGCGAAUCUUUCGCACCAGCUGAAAGCAAGGAAGAGUCGAACACAGAUAAAUCUAGGCAAUCAAUUACCUCGACCACAAUUCUAACGACUGCAGUUGCUGCAACGGCAAGUGUACUAGAAAGCGUUAGCAAUUACUUCAACUACGAAACUCCGAAAUACAAUGUUGAGGCGAUUAAGCAGGCAGAGAAACACUUUUUGGACACUGUUGUGCAACAGAGUGUUGAUGAUCAAGAGAUCGUUGAAGAGAAAGCGAAAGAAAAGCUUGAAGAAGUGAAAAUAGUUGACAAACCACUUAAAAAACCAAUGCAAGAGGUUGCUGAAGUAAAGAAACUAGAAGACAAACCAAUCGAAACAUUGAAAGAAGAAGAAAAGUCUGAAGAAACAGUGUCGCAGGAAAGCUCCGCCACUAUUACUACAAUCUCUACUGUUACAGAAACAGUGGAAGUAAAGGCUUCUGAAAGCAAACCCGUUAAAGAAGUUCCACUAGCGGUCGAAGAAGAACACAUUGCAAAGGUUGAGCAAGCAAAACCAGCAGAUACUCCAGUUGAGCUUUCGGCGGAAGAAGUUGUUGAAGUGAAGACUAUUCAAGAGAACCCUGUCGAAUCAGUUAACGAAGCGCCCAAAAAGCCUGCUUAUGCUGGCCUUCCAAUUGAUGAGUCUUCCAGCAUCUGGAUGGAUGUUCUGGACGAACCCAUGGUGCUGUCAGAUGAAGAUGAGAAAUCUGAGGAAACGGUAACCCAGACCACCACUACAAUGACUACCAAAACUAGUGUUGUCACUGAAGUCGAGGAAACCAAAACUCUUGAAACCAAAACCGUGGAAGAAAUUUCUAAAACGGUCGAAGAGAAACUGUUGGAACAGGUUGGGGAAGUGAAACCGGUUGAGAUCCCAGUAGAACCUAUAGCAGAAGUUACGAAUGUGGUCGAAGAGAAACAAAUCGUAAAGGCUGAGGAAGUGCAAUCAGUUGUGGCUCCAGAUAAAGAAAUUAUCGAAGUGAAAACUAUUGAAGAGAAACCCGUGGAAAUAGUCAAAGAAGAACCCAAGAAGCCAGUUUAUGCCGGUCUUCCAAUCGACGAAUCUUCCACAACCUGGAUGGACGUUCUGGAUGAGCCUAUGGUUUUCUCUGACGAAGAAGAGAAACCUGAAGAAACUGUGUCUGAGACCACUUCAACAACUUUUACCGAAACCACUGCUGUAACCGAAGUAGAGGAAGUAGAAGCUUCUGAACCCAAGUCUGUACAAGAUGGUCCUCAAAUGGUGGAAGAGAAACUGUUCGAAAAAGUUGAGGAAGUUAAAUCUGUUGAAACUCCAGUAGAAGAAAUCAUCGCAGUGAACACUGUGGAAGAGAAACCCAUCGAACCAGUGAAGGACGAACCAAAAAAACCAGCUUAUGCCGGUCUUCCAAUAGAUGAAUCUUCCACAACUUGGAUGGACGUUUUGGAUGAGCCUAUGGUCUUCUCUGAUGAAGAAGAAAACUCUGAAGAAACUGUAACUCAGACUACCACAACAACUGUCACCAAAACCACUGUUGUAACCGAAGUAGAGGAAGUUAAGUCUUCUGAAACCAGCUCAGUAAAAGAUAUUCCUCAAGCGGUCGAACAGGAACCAUUAGAAAAGAUGGAGGAAGUGAAACCAGUUGAGACUUCAGUAGGGGGAGUUAAAACUUCUGAAACCACUUCUGUAAAAGAUAUUCCUCAAGCGGUCGAAGACAAAUCGAUCGAAAAGAUUGUGGAAGUUAAACCAGUUCAGAUUUCCGCGGAACCUGUAGAAGAAGUUCCCAAAUUGGUUGAAGAGAAACCGUUUGAAAAGGUUGAGGAAGUAAAUUCUGUUGAGAUUCCACUGGAAGAAGUUAUUGAAGUGAAGACUGUUGAAGAGAAACCCGUCGAACCUAUAAAGGAAGAACCCAAGAAACCAGCUUAUGCCGGUGUUCCAAUAGACGAAUCUUCCACAACCUGUAUAGACGUUCUAGAUGAGCCUAUAGUCUGGUCUGAUGAAGAUGACAACUCUGUAGAAACCGUGACGCAGGCUACCACAACAACAGUCACCAAAACCGCUGUUGUAACUGAAGUAAAGGAAGUUGAAGCUUCUGAAAUCAAUACUGUAAAAAAUAUUCCUCAAGCGGUCGAAGACAAAUCGAUCGAAAAAGUUGUGGAAGUUAAACCAGUUCAGAUUUCCGCGGAACCUGUAGAAGAAGUCCCCAAAUUGGUUGAAGAAAAACCGUUUGAAAAGGUUGAGGAAGUAAAAUCUGUUGAGAUUUCACUGGAAGAAGGUAUUGAAGUGAAGACCGUUGAAGAGAAACCCGUGGAACCUAUAAAGGAAGAGCCCAAGAAACCAGCUUAUGCCGGUCUUCCAAUAGACGAAUCUUCCACAACCUGGAUGGACGUUAUGGAUGAGCCUAUGGUCUUAUCUGAUGAAGAAGAAACAUCUCAAGAAACGGUGUCUCACACUACCACAACAACCACCGUUGUUAGUGAAGUAGUAGAAGUAAAGCCUGCAGAACCAAAACUUGUAGAAACAGUUUCAGUAGUGACCGAAGACAAACGGAUCGAGAAGAUCGAAGAUGUGAAGCCAGUUGAAGAAACGCCCAUUAAGCCUGCUGUGGUGUCUGAGAGUGUUAAAGAUACCGAAACUAUUGGUAUCGAUGAAAUCCAGCAUGCUCUAUCUCAGAUUACCACCAUAACCAGUUCCAUGUUUGAAGCUAUAGAGCAAAGUACUGCGGGUAUGUUAGCGGUAGAUGAGCAACCUAAACUGCCUACUGUAAUGAAUGAAGAAAACCAACCAGUUGACGACAAAACCAAGAAAGAGAAGGUUGUAUCUUUCGUGGAUGAGGUUAAAACUGAAAGUACUGUUAAGUCGGAAAAUGAAAACAGCCUUGAAAAUGUACCACUCGCGCCAGAGAUAACAGCACCUCCAGUAGAUGGUUAUGGUAAAGAGAGAAGCAUCAGCGAAAGCGACCUGCUGAUUGUGUCGAAGUGGUCCGAUAGCAAGCCAUUACCAGAAGAGAAGUCUGUUAUUGAUACGUGGUCAAGUGUGUUAGAAGAUACAACACCUGUUCAACCAAAUAUUGCAUUUACGUCCAAAUUGUCACCUAAUGCACCCGAAUUUACACCAUCCUACCUGCGCCAAACGGAUGCUGAUGAAAAUGUGGUUUUCUUAGAAAACGAAAGAAGUGUUCAUACCCAGAAAGUGCAGAAAAAAUCCAAACAACAAAAGAGAGAAGAGAAGUCGCAUAAAGAACAGCCAGAAGAGAAAAUUAGUGAGAGGCCUUCCCAACUCAAUGCCGAUGCUCCGGUAUUUAAACUUCCUGAGGAUACAAGAGACUCAAAGGCGCCGAAGGGUAAAUCCUAUGCUGAUAUCGUGUUUGGUGAGCAUUCGCAUGUAGGGGAAACGAGCACAAUUCAAGCUGUGAGUGAAGACAAGAAAGUGCCUUCCGAAAAACCAGCUGAACCUGAGGUUACACCAGUCGAGCAAGUCAAACGAAAGGAUGAGCCGCAAAAGAAAACAAAGAAAGAAAAAUGUAAGGCUGAGAAGGUAGAAAAGGUCGUAAAAAUCGUAGAAACUAUGGAGAAAGAGGUGCCAGAAAAUAUUACUGCUGAACUUGAGGAGAAGCCAGAGCCUGCCGUCUUAGAUGAACCACAGAAAGAACCUCAGAAGGAACUCGAAACUACUCGUGCACCAUUAAUGUCAUGGUCAUCUAUUGUAAAGAAACCUGGUGAAUGGGUGGAUGACAUCGUUAGUAAAACGAAGAAGGUGUUUACCGAGAGCGAGAAAAAAGCGGCUGUGGCAGAUAAGAAACCAGCUAAAGAGGUGUCAAAAGAAAAGCCAGCAGCGCCAGAAAAGGAGCGUAAGCCUAAAAAAUCCAAGAAAAAUAAAAACAGAGAUGUUUCCAUUGAACCAACCAAGCCAGAAGAAGAAGAAGAGCCCGUGUAUAAGCCGACUAAGGCAGAAGAAGUAAAGUCCACAGAAAGUGAUGAAUCCGAUGAGAUAAAAGAAAAUAGUCAGAUUCCAAUUACAUCAGAAGAAGAGACCCAUGGCGCAGUUGAAGCGCCAGCUGUGCCUGCAAACAUCGCUCCAAAACAAUCGCAGCCAGGCAUAGUAUCUUGGGCUUCACUAGUAAGCAGACCAGGCGAGUGGAUUGAUGAAACCAUUACGAAACAUAAAGCACCAUCAGAACCAUUGCCUAAGGUCGAAAAACCGAAGACUCUAAAGACAAAGGAAAAGGAAAAUAAAGAUAAGAAACCAAAAUCAAAACCUGAACGUAUUUCCAAAAAGACUGACACUCAUAUCGAAGAGCAAACUGAAUGGACUGAGGUAGUUGCUAUUACCGACGCUGUUGCGGAAAUUGAAGCAGCAGUGGCAAAGGUUGUCGAGAAGCCAGAACUACAAAUUGAAACAAAAGAACCCGUAGCGCCUCCAAACCCACAAUUCUCUUGGGCAGCUUUAGUAAAACGACCAGGCGAAUGGGUUGAUGAUAUAAAAAAACGUAAGAAGGCAGAGAAAGUAGCUGAGCCUGAGCAAAUUGUCGUUGAAGCACCAAAGAAAUCUGAAAAGUUUAAGAAACCCAAGCCUGUGAGCAAGAAAGUAAAGGAACGUACCGAAGCGCCUAAAGAAAGUACUCAAAAGGAUGUAUCACUGCCGACAACAUCUGACAGUGACUCUGAAAGAUAUGAGAAAUUGCCUGCAACAGAGUCCAAUACCUUAACUUGGGCUAAGAUAGCAAGUCAAAAGGAGGUUGAGCUUAAAGACACCGCACAACCAAAAGAAAUUGUGAGUAAGAAAGAUUUGAAACAACGAAAAGAAGUUUCACAGCCGAAAGAAAAGCCGCAAGAAACUUUGAGUACUAAACAAGCGAAACAAAUAAAAGAAAUGGCGCAGCCAAAAGAGAAGCCAGCUUCGAAACCUACGGCAACCCAAGAGGUUGAAAUAUACUCCGAUAUCCCCGCUGUUCCUACUAAGAUGUCCUGGGCUACAAUAGUUAGUCAAUCUACUACAGAUUUCAUUAGUAAUGAACGCAGUCGACCAACGUCUAAAGCGGAGAAGGUAAAAGCUAUACCACAAAAGAAACAGCCAAUUGAAAGAAUUGAGCGAGCUGUCUUUGAGAGGCCGGCGGUUGAAGCUUCGGCGCAAAAAGAGACUUUCGAUGAUUUUGAAUGGAACAAAGUCUCUGAGAGAGUUACUUCGACUUACGACCACCCCGAAGAUAAUGAUGGUUUUGCCGGGCAGAAUGAACCCAAAUCAUGGAAGGAUAUGAUUGAUGAAGACGACGACCUAUUUUCGUAUGAUGUUCCCGCUGAGGUGCAAAAGCCUACUGAAGAAGUCUUUGAAAAGACCGACGAAAAUGUGUCCAAUGUCACCUCGACCAUUACCACUACAACAACGGUCGUUAGUAAAACAAAAACUGUGGAGGAAGUUCCGCAAGCGGUCGCAGAGAAACGAAUCGAAAAGAUUGACGACGUAAAACCAGCUGAGACGAUAGUAGAAGAAGUAGUUGAAGUGGAGACUGUUGAAAAGAAACCGGUCGAGCAAGCUAAGGUUCCUGAUAUCAAACCUGUGGUGGAAAUGCCGGAAGAAGUUGAAGAGAAACCGUUGGAAAAGGUUGAGGUAGUAAAACCAAUGGAGACUUCAGUGGAAGAAGUUGUUGAAAGGAAGCCUGUUGAAGAGAAACCCGUUGAACCCCUAAAGGAAGAACCCUAUAAACCUGCAUAUGCUGGUCUUCCAAUCGACGAAUCUACAACCACCUGGAUGACUGUUCUGGAUGAGCCUAUGUUCUUGUCUGAUGAAGAGGAAAACUCUGCAGAAACAGUGACUUCGACAAACACAACAACUACUAUUACAACCACUGUUGUAAGUGAAACAAAGAAAGAUAAAGAAUCCGAAAGCAAACCAUUCGAAGAAGUUCCCCAAGUGGUCAAUGAGAAAUCAAUCGAGAAGUUUGAACAAAUUGAACCAGUUAAGAGUCCAGUUGAACCUAUAGAAAAUGUUCCGAAAGUGGUUGAAGAGAAAGCAAUUGUAAUCGAAGAAGUUCUGCAAGUAGCCAAAGAAACACCAAAAGAAAAUGUUGAAAAAGAGAAGCCAGUUGACAGCGCGGUGGAUGAAGUUGUGGAAGUAAGGACUGUUGUAGAGAAACCAGUCGAACCAGCGAAGGAAGAACCCAAGAAACCUGCAUACGAGGGUCUUCCUAUUGAUGAGUCUUCCAGCACCUGGAUGGAUGUGCUGGACCACGAAGAAGAAAAAGCUGAAAACGCAGUGUCACAUACAACCACGACAGCUACUACUGCGACCACCAUUGUCACUAAAAUAUUGGGUGUAAAGACUCCUGAAACCAGACCAGUCGAAACAGCUCCGCAAGUAGUUGAAGAUACACCGAUCGUAAAGAUUGAAGAAGUUAUUGAGUUUAAGCCUCUGGAAGACAAACCCGUUGAACCAGCUAAGGAAGAACCCAAGAAACCUACUUAUGCCGGUCUUCCUAUCGAUGAGUCUUCAAGCACCUGGAUGGGUGUGCUAGACGAACCUAUGUUCUUAUCUGACGAAGAAGAAGCAUCUCAAGAAACAGUAUCUGAGACCACCGCGAUAGUUACUAAUAUAUCCACCAUUGCUACUGAGGCAGUGGAAGUAAAGACUCCUGAAACCAAACCUGUCGAAACACCUCCGCAAGUAGUUGAAGAUACACCGAUCGAAAGGGUUGAAGAAGUUAUUGAGGUUAAGGCCGUGGAAGAGAAACCGGUCGAGCCAGUGAAGAAGAACCCAAAAAAACCUGCUUAUGCCGGUCUUCCAAUCGACGAAUCUUCCAGCACCUGGAUGGAUGUUCUGGACGAACCUAUGUUCUUAUCUCACGAAGAAGAUGCAUCUCAAGAUACAGUGUCUCAGACCACCGUGAGAGUUACUACUACGUCUACCAUUGUCACUGAAGCAGUGGAUAUAAAGGUUCUUGAAACCAACUCACUCGAGACAGCUCCGCAAGUAGUUGAAGAGAAACCGAUCGUAAAUAUUGAAGAAGUUAUUGAGUUUAAGUCUCUGGAAGACAAACCCGUUGAACCAGUUAAGGAAGAACCCAAGAAACCUGCUUAUGCCGGUCUUCCUAUCGAUGAGUCUUCAAGCACCUGGAUGGGUGUGCUAGACGAACCUAUGUUCUUAUCUGACGAAGAAGAAGCAUCUCAAGAAACAGUAUCUGAGACCACCGCGAUAGUUACUAAUACAUCCACCAUUGCUACUGAGGCAGUGGAAGUAAAGACUCCUGAAACCAAACCUGUCGAAACACCUCCGCAAGUAGUUGAAGAUACACCGAUCGAAAAGGUUGAAGAAGUUAUUGAGGUUAAGGCCGUGGAAGAGAAACCUGUCGAGCCAGUGAAGGAAGAACCCAAAAAACCUGCUUAUGCUGGUCUUCCAAUCGACGAAUCUUCCAGCACCUGGAUGGAUGUUCUGGACGAACCUAUGUUCUUAUCUGACGAAGAAGAUGCAUCUCAAGAUACAGUGUCUCAGACCACCGUGACAGUUACUACUACGUCUACCAUUGUCACUGAAGCAGUGGAUGUAAAGGCUCUUGAAACCAACUCAAUCGAGACAGCUCCGCAAGAAUUUGAAGAGAAACCGAUCGUAAAUAUUGAAGAAGUUAUUGAGUUUAAGUCUCUGGAAUACAAACCCGUUGAACCAGUUAAGGAAGAACCCAAGAAACCUGCUUAUGCCGGUCUUCCUAUCGAUGAGUCUUCAAGCACCUGGGCGGGUGUGCUAGACGAACCUAUGUUCUUAUCUGACGAAGAAGAAGCAUCUCAAGAAACAGCGUCUCAGACCACCACGACAGCUACUGCUACCAUUGUUACUGAAACAGUGGAAGUAGAGGCUCUUGAAACCAACUCAAUCGAGACAGCUCCGCAAGUAGUUGAAGAGAAACCGAUCGUAAAGAUUGAAGAAGUUAUUGAGGUUAAGGCUCUGGAAGAGAAACCCGUUGAACCAGUGAAGGAGGAAGCCAAGAAACCUGCUUAUGCCGGUCUUCCUAUUGAUGAGUCUUCCAGCACCUGGAUGGAUGUUCCGGACGAGCCUAUAGUCUUAUCUGACGAAGAAGAUAAACCAGAAGAACGAGUGUCUCAGAUCACCUCAACAACUACGACAACCACUGUUGUUACUAGAGCAGUGGAAGUAAAGGUUCCCGAAACGAAAUCCGUCGAAGACGUCACUCAAGUGGUUGAAGAGAAACCCAUCAAAACGGUCGAAGAGGUGCAGACACCUGAGACUCUGGUGGAAGCAACUGUGGAGGUGAAGACUGUUGAUGACAAACUCAUCGAACCAACACCCACUUCUUCAGCUGUGGUAGUUACUGAUAAAGUUGUAAAUAAACCAUCCAAAAAGUUAGAAGAAUUUAAGCACGAAGCUACCACUGUGGAGGUCAAAAUAUCCGAAGUUAAACCCCCUGUGUCAAUCUCAAGUUGGGUUGAUAUUGUUUCCGAUACCAUUGAGCAAGGAAAGCCUUUGAAAGCAGAUAAAUUGAAAAAGAAAAAGACCGGAAAAGAAAAGGUUGAGGCGCUUCAGGAAGAUGAGCUACCUAUACGAAGCGAUACUCAUAAAAACGUUACCUUCAUUGAUGAGGAAAGAAAAGAUUCGACUUUGUCAUCAGUCCAAGUUGUGAGGAAACCGGUUCCAAAGGAAUUGGAUGUGCCUAAACCGACUGUGUUGCCAGGCUUUUCAUGGUCUGAUGUUGUAAGGCAAAACAACCAAGAAUUACCUAAACAGACGACC